GUUUGGCCAAAGCUACAGCGGCUUUGGCAUGCUCUGAAAUUACUUAAAGGCUUUAGAGUUGGCUUUUCAUAAAUUUUCUAUUGAUUUACCACAAAUCCAUUUCGUCACACGAUUACAGGCUAUUUUUCCAUUUGUUGUGAGUUCGCUUUUACGAUGGCCGAAGUCCUAAUGAUGCACGGCGUCAUCACCACCGACCAGAUGAUGCAUCAUCGCAAUAUAGCACAGCGGAUUGUGGAGAUGCGAAGCCGCUGGAAGGCGAACUUCAGCUGGUAUCCGGCGGCGCAAUUGCAGCAGUAUUCGCGCUUCGCCGACAUCUAUAAGGAGAGCAGAGAGAGAUAUGGCGAUGCGGACUUCAAGCGCUAUGUCGAAAUGAAGCGCCUAAGGGGCAUCUACUCCACCGACCUCGAUAAGGUCAAACGAGUGGAGUACCAGGCGCUCUCCUGCUAUCCCAUGGACUAUAUGAAAGGCAUUAGGAUAUCGCCAACCACAAAUGGUGAUUAUGGCCUGAUACCGCCGGCCCAUCAUCAUUUCUGUGACAAAGAGAAAGUUAAGGAACGUUUUACGAAUGCUUGA